AUGUCCUCGACACCCUAUCCGCAGGACGAUGGCGCUCCGGCGGUCCUUGCGGCCGCCGAUGGGGCUCCACCCACAGUCGCUGCCUUCGCUCCCACUACUAUCUCAGGCUUGUCGUUGGCCUCGAGACAGCGUUCUACUAUAGUCGUCCAUAGGAAAUCCCCUCUCCUGGUGGCCACUCCACCCCCGGUCACACGCGCUUUGGCCUACUCUCACCCAUUCCUUCUCCCGCUCAAUAGACUGGCAGGGCUGCUUUCAUGGACGACUGGGGAUCCUUGGGAGAGCUUCCUUUUAGUUGCUUGUUUUUGUGCAACUGUUUUAUACGGAGAUGUUAUUCUUCUCUGGGCUGGACCUCUCCUGGUUGUACUGGGGCUGAUAUUGGCUAUGUAA